CAGCCGUCAAUGGCUGAACUUUGAGGUGGUAUGGCAUUUGUGACGUGUAAUUCUGUGUUGUUUUUGCGCUCAUGCGACUUAUUUAUGCAUAAAAUUGUAUAGAUAUUUUAUCUCUUGUUAAGGUUAAAAUAAUUUAACCUUCGUUUUGGAGAUUUGUUUUUUGCUUGUUUAUUGCGGUAUCAGUUUUGAUAGAUACUUAUUUUCGCCCAUCAUGGCGUCGGUGGAAGAAGAAGAGACUCCCUCGUUCCAGUCUUGCUCGGAACAGCAUGAUCGCGAGAGUCUCAGAUGCGUUGGUGGCUCAGCAGAAGACGCCGGUGCAGGAAAUGAAAACCUCGGUCACACCUCCAGCUCUGUCUUCCCAAAACGAAAUGAUCCCUGCACCAAAACUGGCCAGCUGGACGGCGCAACUUCCGUCAUCAUCAGGAGUGAUUUGGCCACAACUGCGAUUCGAGUUCCUCUAGCCUCGCCCGUCACGAGCUGCGAUGCGCGUCACCAGACGCUGGUACAAGUCAGGCCAGAAGAGGCGGCCGUCGGUCGCUCAGCCUCCGCCCCGCCCGACGCGCCGCGCCCGCCUGACGCGCAGAGCGUCUACGGCGAGGACGAACUGCAACGCUCUCACGACACGCAGGGGCGUGCCAGGGACCUAGCGCCCUUCCUCUCCCCAGACGACCCAGACGUCGACUUUUACAACGGAAUCUUCCAGUACCUCAGCCGGAAAGAAUUGCCUAGCAAUGUUGAGGAUUCAUUCAAGAAGAUCAUCAAGAAGCGUGCUUCGAUGUUUUUCAUAAUUGCAACAGGCGACGGCCUGGGCUACAACCGCAACAACCCCAAGUGUGUGGUGACGCGUCGGGACCAGCAAGUCAAGAUGGUCCGUGAAGCACAUAUAGAUCCUGAUGGUGUGCACAACGGAGCGCGCAAAAUGUAUCGCAAGAUAUUCGCUAAGUUCUACUGGCGCAGCGUCUACACAGACGUUAACAGCUACGUGAAGGCCUGCACCAAAUGCCAAGAGGAGCCCAAUAUUCAGAGCGCCAGCGCCGACCUCUGCGUGGAAGAGCAAACUGUGAUGGACCUGCAAGAUGUCUGGCAGAAGAUAGAAGUGCGCAUCCAUGGACCACUACGUCGGUCGUUGCAAGGCAGCGACCAUCUCGUGACGCUGCUGGACGCCUGCAGCGGCUACGCGGUGGCCCAGGCUCUGCCUCCGCACAACCUCGAGGCGAACGCCGCCAGCUUCUUGCUCCACACCUUCUGCAGGAACGGCUUCCCUCGACAAUGUCAUGCAGUUGGGAUGUCUGCGUCGGUGUUUGCCAAUCUGCUGUCGUGCUACUCGUCGUUGAGGGAGUCCUGCGCCGACACUUUAGCUAGCAUCAGGAGCAGCAAUCCUGACGAGAUGAGUCAACUGCCUGGGGAGCUCGUGCAGCUCAAUGAUGGCAAUAGAGCACAUCGUUGGACAGUAAUUGAUGAGAUGAUUGAGGAGGUAGUAUCACGGGACGGCUUGUCAUGGGACAUCGAGGUGCAGCAUCAGCUCUUCAAACUGAACUUACGACCAGGCGCCGCUGGAGCGUCUGCAUUCUCUCAGAUGUUCGGUCGCUGCCCUGCUGCAGGUUCUGCAAGUGCUGCGUCUGAUGCAAUCUGCAGUUUCACAUCCCAAGCUAAAUCAAGGCGACAUCUACACAGUGCGACUCAACAGUACCGUCACUGCGAUGAAACAUUGGCGAGUAAAAUCAGCUUCCGCAUCCACCAACGUAAACAUAGAGAAGCAGCGCGGCGCAGAGCAGCCUUACAGGGAGAAACUCAGAAAGUGAACGCUAUGAAUCCAAGAAUCGUGCCAACAAAAAGAAAGCGGAAGCUACGGCCUGUUACAAAAUUGAAGGAAGAACCAACCUACUUCAGUCGUGGUCCUGCUGGUUGCACUCUCAACAAGAAAAAUCAUGCUGCAGAAAAUGCUCGGUUGCAGCACAUAUCUGGGCUACAUUUGCAACCACAACUUCACCCGUUGCCGCCUCAAGUUGUCUCACACAACUUGCAGCGUCACCCGCUGCAACAACAACAUUUGGAGCAACAUUCCAACAUUCAGUUACACUUCCCCCGUGUUUCUACGUUGCCACAACACAUUCAACCCCAGUAUCAGUCGCUCCCAAUAACAACUGUUUUACAUCAAACCAAUCAUUUUCAUGAGUGUACAGGUCACCAGGCGGAACACCAUCAGCAGGUAGUACAUCAGCAACAACAUUCACAUGUAGUUUCUCAGCAGCAGCCAGUCCCGCAUCAAAACAACGUCCAAGUGCAACCCUAUAGCCAACAAACUCAAAUCUUAAGCAUCAACAAUGAAUGCUGCGUUAACACUACAAGUCCUGAAGCUGUUUCUGUUGCUGGAAACAGUGAUAAGGCUACCAUCGAAAUCAUCCAUCAUCCAUUCGAUGCUAACGAAGGGCGUGUGAUAACAAUAGAAAGUCCAUCAACAACUCAAGCUGUUUCAGUAGAUGCAAGCAUACCGCAUGAUUCAUUGGACCCGAAGCCCAAAGUAGAAGUUCAGGCUGGAACGCAUCACGAUUGUCUCACCGCCUCCACCGUGGCCGCUGUUAAGAACUUACUCAUGGCUACUAAGGACGAGCGAUGUCUUAGAGGCAAAUACACCAGAUACUCCCCUGAGACUCGUGAAGAGAUCGCCCGCUUUGCUUUGGUGCGCGGGAUCAAGGAGGCUUGCCGAGUUUGGUCUUCAAAACUUGGUAGUCCACUAAGUGAGAGCACCGUCAGAAACUUCUUCAAAAAAUACAAAAAAUUUUCGGUUUGCGAUCAAGAAAGCAUGGGUAAAUACGCAGUAAAAUACGGGCUUCAAAGAGCCACGGCAUAUUACACUAAAGAACUUGGCUUUGUACUCAAGGAAGGGCAAAUGCGAAAGUUCAAAAAACUCUACCUGGCGCGUGCAGCUAAUUCAGAUGAGCCUGAAGAAUCCGAUGAAAACAAAAAAAGACUAUCGAGGUUUGGAUCCACUAGCAAAAGAAGCUACUCAAAGCAAAUGAAAGAAGAAAUAGGCCAAUUCGCCCAUCAGCUGGGCAUUAAUAUGGCAAUGCAGCAUUUUUCAGAAAAGUUACAAUUUCCCGUUAAAGAAAGCACUAUUCGAAAGUUUAAAAAGAAAUUCUUGGAAAACACUAACCAGGCCGGACCAAGUAACACAAACACUUCUGAAACAUCGAUAUCCGAAGUUUCAGCGAUCGACCAACAAAUACAAAUUAAUGCUGAUGAUAAUGUUCAUGAGCGAGUAAGUCAAACCGUUCUCUCUUCGAUUGCACCAUCUUCUGGCAAUGUAAGCACUACUAAUCAUUUCCCAUACCAUCAGCUCUACGCUCACAAUGCACAUUCUGGUUCUCAUCAUUCAAGCCUUUCUUCGAAUAAUCUUCCAAUGCAAGGACACUCUUACCCCUCGAACGUUACGAUCCACUCAAAUAUGAACCCUGUUCCUUAUCAGCCGCAAACAGCAUCCUCAUCAUCAGUCAUCAUGAACCAGAGUUUUCACGUAGAGCACCAUCAUCAACAACAACAACAUGCAGAAGAUGGAAACAGCUUCCAACAACAGCCACAAAAUUACAUCGAUGGAUAUGGCCCUCAACUGACUUCGUCAAACGCUUCUGCUGGCCAGACGCCUCUUGGUUUGCCUCACUCAAUGCAAGCUUCUAUGGCGCCUCAGAAUACAGUGAUACAGCCUCAGCAGUUGACACUCAUCAACCCUAAUGUUAAUAACCAGUCGGUAACGAAUAACAACCAGCUGCACUUACAACCCUUACUUCAUCAACAUCCAACCGGACUCCAACAACCACACCAAACAGUACAAUGUUUCACUGGGUUAUCGCACAAUCAUGUGUUCGAGAAUCUUUCUUUGUCUGGCGAACCUCUAUGCUUGUUAAAAGUAUCCGAACAUGAACGCAAUGAACCUUCCCAUGGAGUUUUGAAUAUAACGACAUCGACCAGUAAAUCUGUGAAAACUUGCUCUUCCAAUAAUCCCGUCAACAUCCUUACUACUGCGGAACACUCAAGCAUUAUUAACGAAGAUUCAAGCCCUUCGCACUUCAAUAAAAUAAAAAAAAGUGAACAUGAACACGCCAUUGAAUUAGAUCCCUCACCAACUUCUCCGGAAUUUAUUCAACCAAGAAAUACGUACAGAAAACUCCAUCAGAGGUCGCGUAGAGCAGCUAUCGUGCGUCGAGGUAAUUACGUUUCUUACAGCCCCGAAGUUCGUGCAGCUAUCGGGAAAUAUGCAGCAGAACAUGGAAAUCUAGCUGCAGUCAAAUUCUAUAAGGAACAUCACAAGAUCGUUAUUCCGGAAAGCACAGUUCGUGGACUCAAAGACAAGUACCUCAAUAAGAAGCUCUCUGGAAAGAACGAAGUCACGUGGCUUGGAUUCGCGCAACGUGGUCGCCCUAUGAGGCUUGGCAAAUAUGACGAAGUCGUGCGUGACUGCAUUCAGGAGCUCGUCAAAUCCGGAGAAAAGGUCUCUUCGUUCCUAGUGAUCGCAACAGCUAAACAAGUCCUCAUCAGAGAAGACGCUUCGCUGCUCGAGGAGAACGGCGGACCCAUCAAACUCAACCCUACCUGGGCGAAGAGCUUCCUCCGGAGGAUGGGGCUGCAUCACAUGUAGAGCCCUAACAUAUUCUCUUAUGCUGUUGAAAUGAAAAAAUUAUCGAUUCUUUGUACGGCAAUGUUGCAAGACUACAAUUAUUUGUUCUUUUACUUCAACACUCACGCGCAGUUUAUCGUAACAGUAGCAUUAUAACUCGACUUCGUGAUGUAAUGGCAGUCGGGUCGGUCAAACUAAUUCGAGGAUCGGUCAACCCUACCAGUCACAUGUCCAACCAGCAAUUCAACAAGAAAGACCGAAGUCAACGUCAGGUUUCCCGCAUGUUCAUAUACAAUCGUGGGUUUAAUUUUCAAAAUAUUUAGGAUUAAUAUUAGGUCUAUGUAUUAGAAAAUAUUAUCUUGACGACAAUUUGAAAGGGAAUUAAACAAUUACCUCCACUAAGACCAGAGACUUUCAUUAACCCAAUGUCAUUUAUUGAUCUAAAAAAUUAUUAUUAUU